AUGGCAUAUCCACAGCAAAGAGCUCCUCCGGUGAGGAACUAUGGUGGUGCUCCUCCACGGGGCGGAGGAGCUCCCCCGCGAGGUAUGGCCUACGACUAUGGCUAUGGCAAUCAGUAUGAACCUGGGGAUGGAGGCUACAGUAACGGAGGUUAUGGGAAUCCUCCUGAACAGGCGGCUCCAAGAUCCUAUGGCCCUCCACGGGGCGCGCCCCUGUCGUCUCGCGGAGGUUAUGGGCCGCGAGGUGGCCGCGGCUAUGCGCCAAAUGGACGACCACCCCCAAGAGGUUAUGAUAGUCAGCGGGGAGGCUACGGAGAAAGGCGCCCACCCUUGUCACAAGAUCACAUGAGACAACCUCCGCGCAAUGACACAAUGUCCCCGGAUAAAAUGUCAUUUGACAACCCCUUCCCAACAUUCCCUUCAAAAGAGCAACAAGGAAUGAAAGGAAUUGAAAGAAACAUGGCUGCGAUGAACAUCAAUGGCCCAAUGCCACCCCGUCCUCAUACCUCGAACAGCAGACGACCUCCAGAUAUGCCGCGGCAGCCAAGACCCGGGUCUCCUGGCCGUGGACGGCCAGACCUUUCUGGCUCUCCUAUGAGAUCGGCGAGUGCAGGUCGUAUGCGACCUCCUGUUGAUUUGCAAGGCCCUCCCCCAAUGCCCUAUGUCAAUCGGAGUGCGACUAUGCCCGUACCUGGAGGCGGGGCAUACCCUGGCCAAGGCACGUAUCGUGACCCGAGAGAGAGCGCUUUUGUAACAACCUUACUGGAUAGUUACUACAACACGGCCCCUGACGAUCCCGAUAUGCCGAACUUUGAUGCGAUUCCUGAACACGGCAACGGUGGCACCAUCGAUGAAGAUUUGCCGGGGUUGGAACAGCCCAAGCCGAAACCGAAACCCGUGGAGUCUGCGCCCCCUCAAGGACAGUACAAAGCAUUCAAUCCCCAGGCGGCUCCGGUGCAGAGCAUGCCAGAACCAACCUCACCCACCGGGGCGAAUCAAUUUGCUACUGCUGGGUUCCAGUUCGACCUGCCUGGCGAACCACCCUCUGCUGGAUACCCCCAGAAUGGGAUGGGUAAUGGGUAUGAACCGUAUGAGGACCCGAUGAAUACACCGUACUCGCCACAACAGGUGAGCCGGGGUAACGCUAUGCCAGCUUAUAUGGCUGGCGGUUAUAUGUCUCCACCUGGCGAAAGCUCUGUUCACAACGGUCCUCUCCAGCCUUAUAUGGUAAACCAACCUUUACCGUCCAACGACCAGCUGAUUGAUGAGCAUCAGGGUAUGGAUCCACAGAGCCCGGAUGCUCUUCCAUAUCACCCAGCACCCUUCCGUCCUGGACACGAUCAAGGGCCAGCUCCUGUGCGCCAGUACAGCAGCCCCCCUAACUCUCAAGCACCGCCCGCCCCGGCACCGCAGUCUCCUCCUCCAAAUGACCCGACACCACCUCCAGCACCAGUGACACAUGCUGAGCUCGAGCGCCUUCAGCAACAAGCUCGAGGCAAUCCUUCCGAUCAGAAGACUCAGCUGCUGCUCGCCGAAAAAUUGGUUGAAGCUUCCGGAGUUUUAAUUGAAAGCAGUAGAAUGGAUCCCAAGUCCAAGAGCAAGGCUCGGGAGAAAUACGUUAUGGAUGCAUAUAAGAUUGUCAAGAAGCUGGUUUCUAAUGGCUAUCCUGAUGCGCAAUUCUAUCUCGCCGAUUGUUACGGACAGGGCCUACUAGGACUUCAGGUGGAUGCCAAGGAAGCUUUCCAAUUAUACCAGUCAGCAGCAAAGGCGGGACACGCACAGGCUGCAUAUCGAGUUGCUGUCUGCUGCGAAAUCGGCCAGGAGGAAGGAGGCGGAACGAAACGCGACCCUUUUAAGGCAGUGCAGUGGUAUAAGCGAGCUGCCUCCCUUGGCGACCCACCAGCAAUGUAUAAGAUGGGAAUGAUCCAGCUCAAGGGACUGCUGGGCCAAGCCCGGAGCCCUCGCGAGGGUAUCUCAUGGCUCAAGCGCGCUGCAGAACGCGCGGACGAGGAAAACCCACACGCUCUCCAUGAACUGGCUCUCAUGUAUGGCAAUGCCGGCGAUAACGACGUCGUCAUCCGAGACGAAGCGUACGCCUCUCAACUGUUCCAUCAAGCUGCAGAACUCGGGUACAAGUUCUCCCAAUUCCGUCUCGGAAUGGCGUACGAAUACGGCCUGAUGGGAUGCCCCGUCGACUCGCGCCAAAGCAUCAUGCUCUACAGCGCUGCGGCGGCUCAGGGUGAACACCAAAGUGAACUCGCCCUUAGCGGCUGGUAUCUCACAGGCUGCGAGGGUAUCCUCCAGCAAAGCGACACAGAGGCCUACCUCUGGGCAAGGAAAGCCGCAGCGUCGGGUCUCGCCAAGGCCGAGUACGCAAUGGGUUACUUCACUGAGGUUGGAAUCGGUGCUACAGCUAAUCUAGACGACGCUAAACGAUGGUACUGGCGAGCAGCAGCCCAAGGCUUCCCUAAAGCCCGCGAACGCCUCGAAGAACUCAAGAAAGGCGGAGCCCGAAUGCAAAAGACUCGUCUUUCGCGAUCGGCCGUGAAUCAACAAAAACCCAACGAAGGCGACUGUGUCGUGAUGUGA